UCCCGGGAUUGCAGUUAGUUUCCGCCAAAUAAUACAAAAGUUAGUUAAUUAUUCGUCGUCCUUCUUUUGUACGUACGAAUAACGUAUAAAUGUAACAAUGAAGUGUGCCGUACCCGGUUGUGAUACGGAUGAUAAUGUUGUCAGUUCCACGUCUGCGUUCUUUGUCAGGUUUCCCGAGGAAUGGCAGGCACAGGAACAAUGGAUCACCAUGUUGAGCAUCACUGAUCCUGCCUUGGUAGCAGCGCUGCUAGCUGGAGAAAUGAAAGUAUGCAGCUGCCACUUCAGUGAAGAUUGUUUCGGAAAGCAUCCGCUUUACGGCUAUCGGUACCUUCUGCCAGAAGCAAUUCCUACGAUUUUGCCGAAAUACCCAGAUCUCUUACCCUUGGUCAAUCAAGUCAGGCCAAAUAGUUAUGUACUAUACGAUGAUACCGACACAUCUUCCCCGAUUGGGCAUGACGUAUCAGAUAUUCUCGCCAGUGAGGACAAUGUUGCACCGAACAUUGAUGAAACUUCAGAUCAGGAUAAUGAUAUUGAAGACGACCUAGAGGAGAUUGGAAUCAAAUAUGAGAAUGGGAAGUACUAUUUUUACCAACUGGAUGAGGAUGCCACGUCGGAAACCAACGACGAGCCUGUGGCGAAGGAUGACGAGCUGGUAUCUUCUGAAGAAUUAAUCCGCAAUGUAAAUUAUCCUUUCACAAAUGAUGAACAAACGUCGUGUGAUAUUUCGGAAAGCAUGGUCCUCAAAGAAGAAUUACACGCGUCGUUAGAACAAAUUGGAGGCGACGGAAAUCUUGUCGAUGAACUCGCCGAAGAAGGAAAGUUCUCCCAACCCGUCAAUUUUGAUGCCGAUCAGCUCGAGGAAAACGAAUCCGAUCAGGACAGUCCCAGUCGUGAAGAGCUACUGGACGAGGACUUACAAGAAUAUUUCGCUGAUCAUUUGGUUGAUGAUGUCACAUCCUCACACUGUUCAGAGGAGGAGGAUGUGAUUGAAGCGCUUGAUGGUGUGUCCUUGAUUGGAAGAGUCUUUCCUGCGAAGGUCUCAAAUGAAAAAAUCGAACGCUAUUGUUGCGAUUUUUGUGGAAAAAGAUUCCAAUAUCCGAGCCAAAUGAAGAAGCAUGUGGUCACUCACACCAAGGCGAAGCCAUUCAAAUGUGAUCAAUGUGGGAGAAGUUUUGGGCAAAAAAUUAACCUAAAAAUUCACAUGCGCCGGCACACAGGAGAGCGUCCCGAGCCAAAGUUUACCUGCGAGGCAUGCGGCAGAAAGUGUUACCGCCAGAGCGAAUUUGAGAAACAUCUCAACAGUCAUCGGAAAAAAUUUCCCUUCGAAUGUGUGAUCUGUGAAUCGCGCUUCAUGAACGUGACCUCGUUGUACAUCCAUCUCCGCCAGGACCAUAAAGACAAAGACAUCUCGAUGCAGGAGACUCUGGAAAGGUUUGCCGAAACUAACGAGGUGCAGAUCUUCGACGACAAGCAGGAAGAGAACGAAAACGAAACGCUGCAUUCGGAUGGCCGCUGGGAGUGCACGGUAUGCAAGCAGCGGUUCCGAUACGUAAAGCUUCUCCGCAAACACAAGCGUAAGAUGCACCCGAAGAUAUACUCCUGUCGGUACUGUCCGCGCAAUUUCGCGUACCGGAGCCAGCUGGAAAAGCAUCUACCAACGCAUACGCACGAGAAGCGAUUCAAGUGUGGGAAGUGCAGCACCAAGUUCUCGCAACGUUCCAACCUUAACAAGCAUAUGUAUACCAAGCACGGCGUAACCGUACCGUGGGAUGCCCUGCAAGACGUCCUGAUGGAGUGUGAUACGGAAACCAAGGUGUCGUAUGAGUGCUCACGGUGUGUUAAGUCGUUCUCCCGAAAGAGCACCUGGCUGGCGCACCUCGAGACACAUCACACCAACAACGAUUUGCAGCCCACGUGUGGACUGUGUAAUAUGUCAUUCGCGUCAACCGCCUUGCUCACCUCCCACAUGGGAAGGGAACACAUUUCGGUGAAGAAACUGUCGCCACAAAAGCUGCUCAUCAACAUUCAAACGGCCACGGUAAGCCUUCGUGAGUCGCUGUUGUUUGAUGCAUAUGAGGGUGAAAUGGAGGAGGGAUAUGGUGAGGUGGAGCAGUACAUUGACGAAGAACAGGAUGUUGAGGACGAGAGUGAGGAAAUAGGAGACUAUUACACUACUAACAUGCUACAAGACAAAAUUGAUUAAUGCUGGGCUUAAAUCUACCUUUCAUGAAUCUCGAGUAGCGUUAUCGAGAGAGCUUAUCUUAAAAGAACUCGGGAAACAUCAUGCCGUGGUUACAUCGAUUGCUUUAUUCAAUAAAAUAAAUCGUACAUUA